ACGAGACAGACCCAAAAUUUCUUGUUUUCUUCUUCUUGCAAAAAUGGCAUCAAGGAAGAUCUUUUUUGGUUCAAAACCAAGCUACAUCUACCCAACCACGGAAUUGGAUGAUGGAAAUCUCAUCAACAACACUUUAUCUGAUCAUAACAACCAUUUCGAGUUCGAUGAAGCAGAUGUAUGGAACAAUUCAAAUGAUCAAGCAACAAGUAACGUGGAUGCUAAAAACCCAUUGCCAAAUUCACGAGCUAAGAAACUUUUCAGAAAGAUGGAGGUAAGUGAUAAUCAUAGGUCGACCCAAAUGGCCGCCUCAGCUUCAUUGCCAGUCAACAUCCCGGACUGGUCCAAGAUUCUUAAAACAGAAUACAGGAAACAUGGCAAGAGUGACGAAGAAGUUGACGACGGUGAUCGUGAUGGAAGGGUUCCUCCGCAUGAAUAUUUGGCUAGAAGAAGAGGCGAUUCGUUCUCUGUUCAUGAAGGAAUUGGAAGGACUCUGAAAGGAAGAGACUUGCGUCGAGUAAGAAAUGCUAUCUGGAAAAAAACAGGGUUUGAAGAUUAACCCAAGAAACAGAACAAAAAACCCAGGUUGAAUCCUGUGUUCUUUCUUUUUUUUGAGUAAGAUAAUUUUAUAGAGUUAAUUGGCAAAUUUUUUUAUUGCCAUAUCCAUAUUUUUUCAACUUUUAUCCUCUGAUUUUCGGUGUUUUCAGAUUCAUCAGUGGUUUUUUUUUUUUUUUGGGCAGAUCUCAAUGAUAAUUUAUUUUUUGUUUAAAGUAGCAACAAGCUUGUUUCACUAUUUCCUUUUAGGGUAUUUUAUUUAUUAAGGAAAUUGACAGAGGAAAUUAAAAACUACGGAUGGUGAUGCAGACUCAUAGAAAUGGUGGUUGUUCGCAGGAUAACAACAGGCUAGCUAAGAACAACCCUUUUAAGUAAAAUUCACUGUUCAUUCAAUCUCUCAGCAACUGACAACUCUAGCCUUUGGAUUUUUCUUCUUGUCUGUAACACCGACCACGACUGGAAAUAUUUAUUUUAUGGUUUGAUGUCAACAUAAAGUAUUACCUUAUCCGAUGUUGAAUUAUUCUCAGAGACUUUUGUGUAUAUGUUGUUGUUGCAUUAAUAAAAUAUAUAUAU